CCGACACCAUACGAGUUCACGAUGCUAGGGGAGAUUGUUGGUGGGAACGGCAGGAUAGGCAGCGCGAUUCGGAGAUUUGCUGGGGAUGACCUAUACUGUACAAGGAAGCUCGACAAGAUAGGAGUCAAUUCUCCGACUAACACUCCGAUUUUUGUGUGUACUGGUGUUGAGAAUCUGGAAGAAGUUGUAUCCAAGACAGAACCAUCGAGAAGAAGAGACUUGGUUUUCAUGCAGAAUGGAUUGGUGAGGUCCUUGCUGGUUGAUCUCGAAGAGGAUCAAACAAUUGCUGUAUUGUACUUCUCUGUGUUGGAACGAAAUGGUCCUGCUAAGGAAGGAGGAUGCAGCUAUGUCCAAGGCAGAUGGGCCCAGGAAUUUUGCAACAUUCUCAAGUAGUGCGUGUGUCUCUCACUAUCUCCCCACUGUUAGAUAUAAUCGGCCCCAUCGGCGUCAAUCUCUACCAGAUGCCCUUCUCCUAAUGACUGCUUGAUAUGUCACUUGAAAGAUUAUUCGCUCAUCCAAGCAGGCUGAAGUAACAAGCCCGGGCAGGAAUGGCGGUAUGUCAUGUAAAGUGCUAUCUUCAUCCAGACAACUCGAUAUUAAGGCGGCGAAGAAGCUACUGUUUUUGCUCCUAUCGUUCCGCUGUCGCUGCUGAGUUUAGGCCAGGUGGGCAUCCUGCUUGUGG